UUCUGCCUUUGACACAAAAACUGGGUUGCGUGUGGCUGUAAAGAAGCUGUCCCGACCAUUUCAGUCUAUCAUCCAUGCCAAAAGGACCUACCGAGAGCUGCGGCUACUUAAGCAUAUGAAACAUGAAAAUGUGAUUGGUUUGUUGGAUGUGUUCACGCCUGCCAAGUCACUAGAAGAAUUCAAUGAUGUGUACUUGGUGACACACCUUAUGGGAGCAGAUCUGAACAACAUUGUGAAAUGCCAGAAACUCACCGAUGACCAUGUGCAGUUCCUGAUAUACCAAAUUCUUCGGGGACUGAAGUACAUCCAUUCAGCUGACAUAAUACACAGGGAUUUAAAACCUAGUAACCUAGCUGUAAAUGAAGACUGUGAGCUAAAGAUCUUGGAUUUUGGCUUGGCCCGACACACGGAUGAUGAGAUGACCGGGUACGUGGCUACCCGGUGGUACAGGGCUCCUGAGAUCAUGCUGAACUGGAUGCAUUACAACCAGACAGUUGAUAUUUGGUCAGUGGGAUGCAUUAUGGCUGAACUGUUGACUGGAAGAACGUUGUUCCCUGGUACAGACCAUAUUAACCAGCUUCAGCAGAUCAUGCGUCUGACGGGAACACCCCCUGCAUAUCUCAUUAACAGGAUGCCCAGCCAUGAGGCAAGAAACUACAUUCUGUCUUUGUCUUACAUGCCGAAAAUGAACUUUGAAAAUGUGUUUAUUGGUGCCAAUCCACUAGCUGUGGACUUGCUAGAGAAGAUGUUGGUACUGGAUACAGACAAACGAAUUACUGCAGCAGAAGCGUUGGCUCACGCGUACUUUGCUCAGUAUCACGACCCAGAUGAUGAACCAGUGGCAGACCCCUAUGACCAGUCUUUUGAAAGCAGAGAACUUGAGAUUGAAGAAUGGAAAAGCCUGACAUACGAUGAAGUAAUCAGCUUUGUGCCACCACCGCUUGACCAAGAGGAGAUGGAGUCCUGAGAAACUGCUCUCUUCUGUUUGUCCCACUUCACUGUGAGGGGAAAGCCUUUUCAUAGGGACUCUCCAAUUAUUGUUCAAGUGCCUCGUCACAACAAUAUUCUCCUUGGUGGAGGGGUUUUGUGUGUGUUGAAUUGGGGAGUGGGGGGGAGGGAGGGAAGAAAGUUGAGUCUAUGUAAACAUGCUGCAUGCUCUCUUGUAUUCUGUGUACAGCCUGGGGCAAGCCUCUGAAGACCUGCUCUGACUGCUCUUUAGUCCUUCCAGAGUAACAGUGCUCAACCAGUUUGCGCUGCUGGGGCGAGGUGGGGAAGCUGACCUUUAAAGUUGGGUUACAAUCGUUGCCAUUUAUCAAUUCUUCUACAAUUAAGUAACCUCAAAAUAAUGGAAGUUGUUUUGUAGGCUUAGAGAGUCCUCUGUUUUCUUCAGGACUGAAGGUGGGGUUGAGGGAUG